AUGUGUGUAAAUAUUCUCAAUUUUGUUCCUGCUAUUGAUAACAAGGAUGGUAUUACUAGCAUUCCUUAUGCCACUCUGGUGACCACGUUCCUCAAAAAAGCUGGUGUGGAGCUUGCUACUUAUCCAUCCUCUGGUGGCAUUUCUGUGUAUCAUCCUGUUGCCGCCAUCAUUGAAGAUCUCCGAGACCCAGUACAAGAUGAUCAGCAAUGA